GAGAAAAAGCCCUUAGGAUCUUUUGCAGAGACUAAGUCCCAGCUGUAGAGACUUGAGACUUGGAGUAGUGCAGCGGAAGUUGAGACAGUUGAACCCUUGUACUAGUAUGUGAGAACAAGUUUCUGCUGCUUGAUCUGAAAUCCCCUAGGUUUCACUUGCAGGUUUCAACUUCUGUUUCGCUUUUCCUCCCUUCCUUUUCCGGAUCUGUAGCUCUCCUGAUCCCUAGGCUUCUUAUACCCUAAGAUCCUUUAGCUGCCACCGUCGUAGGCUCGGGAUUUGUAUUCUAGUGUUUUUUUGUUUACUUCAUCCGUUAAUACGACACUGUACGCUGGCACUAUGGUGUCCGAUGGCUCUGGUCCCGCUUCCACUGGUCCCGCGGCCACGGCUGACUGGGCUUUCGAGGUCGGCAAGGCGUUCGCGUCGCAGUAUUACACCGUGAUGCACACGCAACCGCACGACGUGCACAAGUUCUAUGUCGACGAGAGCAAAUUCACGCGCGCCGAGCGCCUCGGCAUUCCCGGGGAAACCGUGACGACCAUGCAGGGUAUUCACUCCAAGGUGAUGUCGCUGGACUCGUGCGAAGUCAAGGCGGAGAUCAAGUCCGUGGACUGCCAGGAGUCCCUCUCAGGGGGCGUCCUCGUGGUGGUAACCGGAUCCCACUGUUACACCAGCACCUCGGGCGGCCCGGGCGAGCGCCGCGGCUUCGUGCAGAGCUUCUUUCUCGCGCCGCAGCAGAACGGCUUCUACGUCCUUAACGACAUCUUCCGGUUCUUAGAGGACGCGCCGCCGCCGCAGCCGCCCGCAGUGGUCAAGCACGCCGUCGGAGGGGGGACGAAAUCGGCCGCCGCGUCCGCCCCUGGCGCAGCGUCCUCUGCUGCUCCGGGGAGCGGGGCUCAGGGUGGGUUGGUGAACGGUCACGCGGAGGGUCAAGCUGGGGGAUCUAGGGAGGUUUCAACCGUGGAUCAUACCGUGCGAGAUGUAACGGUCGAUGAGGCUUCUCAAGCGUCCGCGUCUCACGCCUCCUCGGGUCAAGCCUCCGCGUCUGCCGCCGCGCCCAGCGCUGCGGCCGGCGGGGCGGGGGCUCCCCCGGCCGCGGAGGACGCCGCUGGGGGAGACGAGGUGCAGGUGAUCCGAGAGGUGCCGGAAUCCGUGGUAGCUGUGCAGCAGGGUCAAGGGCAGGGGCAAGGGGCGGGAGCAGCAGCAGGAGCGGCGGCGGCAGCGGCGACUGAGGAGGAGAAAGCGGAGGUUCCGGUGGUGUAUUCCGCCCCCGCUUCCGCUCCUGCUGUGCUUCCGACUCCUGUGGGUGGGGAUGCGGUUGCGGCGCCUCAAGCGCCAGGGGCUGCUGCUCCGGUGCCAGCUGCCGCACCACCUGUAGCGGCACCCACAGCAGCAGCAGCAGCAGCAGCACCUGCUGCAGCGGUAGUACCUGCAGCAGCAGUAGCCCCUGCAGCGGCAGCUACACCAGCCGUAGCAGCACAGGCGGCAGCACCUGUCUCUGACGAGCCUGCCCCCAAGAAGUCGUAUGCGUCUAUCCUGCAGGCUAUGCGCGCACAAUCCGCGGCUGCCUCACCUGCUGCAGCGCCCGCGGGCCCAUCUUCCGCCCCUCCUUCCGCCACUCCCCCCGCAGCAGCCGCUCCUGGGGCGGUGGCACCUAGGCAGCCGCCGCUGCUGCCGUCAGCAGGGGCUGGGGGGGUUGGGGGUUUUGUGGGGCAAGAGGCAGCGCCGUCUGCAGCUGCUGGGUUCUCUGCUGGCUUGCUGGCACCUGCUCCUGGCUACGCUGCUGCUGAGGAUGCUAAUGCUGCUGACGAAGCUGCAGGGGAGGGCCGAGCUGUGUUUGUUCGCAACCUGCCUGUCCGCAUCACUGCCAAGGAGAUCGCUGAGCACUUCAGCCAGUUUGGCGCGGUCAAAUCAGACCGCAUUCAAAUCCGCGGCAACAAGGCCAACAACCCUGCUACAGUGUACGCGUUCGUGGAGUUUGAGGAAGCUGCAGCAGCUCAAUUGGCAGUAGAGAAGCAAUCGAUCAUGGUGGGGAAUUUCCAGGUGAAGAUCGAGGAGAAGAAAGCGACCAGCACGGGGCGAGGCUCAUACCGUCGCACUGGGGGUGGCCGCAGCGGCUCAGACCGCCAAUUCCGCGAUGGCAGCGGCAAUUUAAGUGGCGUUGUUGGUGGCGCUGGCGUCGGUGGUGUUAGCGUUGGUGUUGUUGGUGGUGCUGGUGCUGGUGGUGUUGGUGCUGUCGGUGUUGUGAGCAGCAGGGGAGGGCGUGGGGGGUCAGGGUUUACCUCCAGGGUUCAGCAGCCGCAGCAGCAGGGACAGGGGCAGUGGCAGGGGGUGCAGGGGCAGGGGGUGCAGGGGCAGGGGUUUCAGGGUCAAGGGUUGCAGGGGCAGGGCUUUCAGCAGGUGCAGGGGGGAGGGGAGGGGCAAUUGCGGGGAGGUGAGGGUGUGAGUGGGACAGGUCAAGGGGGGUGGUCGUCAAGUGGAGGCGGGAGGGGGAGAAGAGGGGGGCAGCAACGAACAGGGGGUAGGGGAGGAGGUGCAGGAGGGGGGGUGGCAGUGGUGGCACCAUCUUGAGGGAUGGUGAUACCAAGUGCCUGCCAUCUCAUAUGUGUCUGCAUUUUCACCAUGGGUUGCAUUUGCAUGAUCAUGAUUCCUUCAUCAUAACUUGCAUUGCCAUGACAUGACAUGACAUGUUGCGUCACUCGCACUGUCACUAGUGUCGGUGUCCCUGCUUGCUUGCAUUGCAUCCUCCUAAGUUGCAUCAGCAUGUCUGUCGGGUCUGGGUUGUGCCAUGGGGGGGCAUCAACACAAGUCAGAAUGCGUCUCCAUGCAUGGGGUGGGGUGAGGCAUGGGUGGGUACCCGGGUGAGGAUGUUCGACUGUCCGAGACGGCUAUCGGGGUAGGCUGGGAGCCUUUUCAGGGAAGGAGGGGCUGGUGGAUGGGGGGGUGGGGGGAGCGCGGGUUGAAAAGGAUGGUCAUCGAUGCGAAGAUUAAAGAUUCUCAAGUUGCCACUGUGGUACAAGGACUUUAUGUCACUGCUGGCAAAGCGCGCUUGUCAGAAGGGAUCCGAGGCUUUUAGGUCCAAGUCGCACGUGCUAUGGGUUGGAGAGUAGGUGACCUGUUGCGCGUGUUGAGGUUUACUCGACAGAGUUACCAAACAUGUGGUUUACUCCAAUAGCGCGGGUGUGCUGCCGUGGCCAGCGAAGCCAGCAAAGCAAGCAAGGGAUGCCUACAUUCUGUUUCAUGGAAUAGAGUAGUGGUAUUGUAGGUGUCGUAGGUAUGUCAGGACACUGGAAAGGGGGAAUGUAACGCAAAAGAUGUACCAUUACGUUCUGGGUUCUUGGACUCCAAACACCAUUCAUGGAUU